CACCCGCAUCGUCGACUUGGCGCCUCGCAUUGGCAACAGGACGACUCGGUUUGGCGUGUUUGGUAUUUGUCUUCGUUUUGCGCGUGUUCAAGGCAACAAACACGCGACGUGUCUCAGUGUUGGCGGCUGCCCUCACCCCUUCCCUCUUCGCUACCACCCCAUCAAAACCAAAGCUUCCCUGUUGUAACUCAACCAUGGCACCAGCACCAGAACCAGAACCCUCGUACCGAAAGGACGAGAAAGUAUAUUGCUUCCAUCAUGAGCUGCUGUAUGAAGCCAAGGUGAUCGAGGUCCAAGCCGUCAAAGCCGAUGACAAGAGCGACAAGAACGACAAGAAGAGCGGCUGGCAGUACAAGAUCCAUUACAAAGGCUGGAAGAACACUUGGGACGAUUGGGUAUCUGAGGAUCGGUUGCGUAAACUAUCUCCAGAAAACCGCGAGUUGUCCAACAAUCUCAGGCACGAAAUGCUCCUUCAACAGCGAGCCGCGAGAGCCCAGCCUCUUCCUGCGAAGAAGAAGGCGCAUGGUUCGGCUCGAGGGAGCGAGGAGCGCCAGACGUCUGUCUCUGCUGCUGCACCUCGUGGUCAGAAGCGGAUGCGUGAUAAUGACAUCGAGAAGGAAGAGGUGUUUCAAAACAAACGCGCCGUCAGGAUCUAUAUGCCUGAUAGGCUGAAGAGCCUCCUAGUUGAUGAUUGGGAAAACAUCACCAAAAGCCUGCAACUGGUGCAACUUCCCUCCACCAAGCCAGCUGCAACUAUCUUGGACGAGUAUUCUGCAUGGGCCGUUUCGACAGGUAAUCGCAACAACACCGAAACUGACAUCCUGGAAGAGGUCGUGGCAGGGUUGAAGGAGUACUUCAACAAGAGCCUCGGUCGCCUUCUUCUCUACCGCUUCGAGCGUGAGCAGUUCUUCGACAUCUAUACUCGCAUGGAGCAGCCGACUGAUGAGCUCGCUGGCAAGACACUAGCAGAGAUCUAUGGCGGCGAGCAUCUCCUGCGCCUUCUAGUAUCAAUGCCUGAACUUAUUGCGCAGACCAACAUGGACGUCCAAGCUGUGAACCGCCUCCGUGAGGAGUUGAGCGGCAUGACCACAUGGCUUGCUAAAGAACCUCAGGUCAAUGCAUAUUUUGCCUCUGUUUAUGAGAGUCCAGGUCAGGCAUACAUCGACAAGGUCAAAUCUAGUACUUGAGACCUUCUUACGACGUAUUGUUUUUCUCUGUCUCGUCUUUAGGUUACUUGUACUACCAAUUCUUGCAUGGGUCGGAACUGGAAUUCGAACAUCAUUGUCACGGCGCUCAGGUGAUGUUGCUUGUUUAUUUAGUCAUAUUCGA